UGGCAAGUGUGCCAUAAAAGGUUUGUUUUGAGAGAGAUUUUCAGUCUGGAAAAUCACCAAAAUGCCCAUUUCGUGCAGUGUGAAAGGCUGUCGUUGGCGCCAUAAACUUCAUUUGCCACGAAACGUUUCACUUUACAUGUUGCCACACAAUGCUCCGCAGGAGCUAAGGUGUGCCUGGCUGAAGGUUUGCCACGGGCCCCGUCUCACCGCAUGUUCUGAUCACUUUGUGGAGAGUGACUUUGCAGCCCAAGACCCGCUUGGGCAGUUCAAUGGGUUGAGGCCGCUAAAGCAAAAUGUUGUUCCCAAGCUGAACGUGAGAAUGGCCAAGGUUGAGCCACCGAAGGAAGCCGAGAAGACCACUUCACAGUGCAAUGAUCCCAAUCCAUCAGUUUCUCAGGAAGAGCCUCAAAUCAUACUGCAAGGAUUUACUGUUAAGAAUACUGAGGCAAAUCACAAAGAGGAAGAACAGAAAUUAACUCAUCACACUUGUCCUGAUCCGUUGAUAAGGCAAAACGCCGACAGCGAUAUCCAGAUUGUCAGUGUCCAGACUCUUCUCCGGGAAGACACCGGGAAGACUGAGGGAAAAGCCGGCAGAGUCGUACUGAAGGAAAUGAAAUUGGCGAGGACUAACUUGAAAAGCGCUCUGCUUGAACAGAUUUCCAAGAAGCCCGUCGAGAAAUCUUCUGUGGAUCUUGACAAGCUCAUCCAGGUGGAAAACACUACUACAGUAAAGCGCAAGAGAGCUGAUGAAGAGCCUGUGGAGGGAGAACGGGCAGUUAAGAGGCCGAAUGUCCGCGAGAACAGUCCAGAGAAACUUCCUGACCCAUCUGAAAUUUCCGAGGAUGACGAUGUGAUCUUCCUGCCACCAAAAAUCGACAUAAUUGACGUGGAUGACGAGUCAGAAGGUGAACAUUCGUCCGGCAAAUGCAAUCCCAUCAGCUGCCAAUUCAUUUCCAAGGUCGAGGCGGUGCUGCAGAAGAAAAGCGAUCUUAAGAAGCAAUUGCAGACGCAGAAGAAUCAAUAUGCAAUGUUGCUGAAGAAGGAAAAGAAACUGAGGAAGAACUAUCAAAAUAUCCUUCUCCUCCUGGACAAUGUCGACAAUGUGCUGAGCGAGACGCAGAAGAACAUAAUCUUCAAGACGUCAGAAGACAUUAUAUGGAGACUUCCUGAGAUCAAAAAUGCCCUCAUUCUGAGGCACUUGAGCGAGCCUCUGUACACAUUCCUGUACAAUGAAUUGAAGUAUCCUCUGCCAUCCUUGGAUUCGCUCCAAAGAUGGGAAGAGAAGUUUCCCGCUAGUGCGGAAAAGAUAAGGAAAUUUGCUCAGGACUAUGAAGAUCUAUUUUAAUAAUAUAAUAAAUGUCAACAUGGAUUUAAAAGGAAAUUAGAUUUGUGAUAUUCUAAUGUUUUAAAAAAUCUGGUUAAGAUAUGAAAAUCGUUAUGGUUUGAAAUUGACCCAAUAAAUGCAAUUCA